AUGACAGCAAUGGUGAUGGAAGAACAUGGCGAAGAUUAUAGAAAUUAUACAGCUCCUUAUGGUCCUUCAGGAUAUUCGUGCAAGAAUCCAGCAAAUGUCACCAUAGAUGACUUCGUGUUUUCUGGUCUAAAUGUUCGUAGCAACAAUACAAAUGCCAUCGUCAAAGUUGGUUUCAGAUUUGUGUUUGUUUCUCAACUUGCUGGUCUUAAUGGUCAAGGCCUCUCUCUGGCUCGUAUAGACUAUGAAGUUGGUGGUGUCCUCCCAAUCCACACACAUCCUGGAGCUUCAGAAACUCUUUUGGUUCUUGAAGGAAACUUGACUGUUGGAUUCAUCUCAACCAACAACACUGUCUAUUUGAAAACUCUCAACCCAGGGGAUGUUAUCCUAUUUCCUCAAGGCUUAUUACACUUCCAUAUCAAUGAAGGUAACACUUCAGCUGUGGCAAUCGCAAAUUACAAUAGUCCCAACCCUACCUUUCAAUAUGUAGACCUUUCGCUGUUCUCAAGUAAUUUAGCCACUUCUCUGAUAACAGCGACUACUUUCAUUAAUGCUACUGACGUGAGGAGGCUCAAGGCUCUUUUUGGAGGUUCAGGAUAA